GCUAAAGCAGGCCGAACGUGGAUCGCGCAGUCAGUUAGAGCCCUUUGGGCUGAACUGAAUCGAGCGAACGUAAACGAAAUUUUUAAAAAAAGUUCGAAUAGGCGCCGCGUUUCUGAAAUCCCUGAAGGGUGUUGAACGUGGUACCGAUUUUUAUUACCAUUUUUUUAAGUUGCUGUUUUUUUUUUUUGAAUAUUUCAAUUCGAGUGGUCAACGAGUGGUCACCGUCCGUUGUUUGAAGAGGAAGAGCGAGGCACGCGUCACCAGCUUUGCGCGAAGCUUUGAGAGUGCUGCGGGAGGCGUGGACCGAACCUAGAGCGCUCAGGGACCGCUGGAAAGCGGUGAGCGAAGAUUCCUGUGAAACGUGUGAGCAGGCAAGCGUGCGAGCCAACAUGUGGAGUGGAGAGGUCCCAGCGCGGCCCUCUGCCUCGCCUGGCCUCUUGCGUCGGAGGUACUCCAUGCCAGAGACCAUUAUGAGAAAAUAUCGAUUAGCCCAACAACGGUCAGAAGGUGAGGGUGAUGAUGCUGGCAGAUGGAGCGCUACCGAGGCAUCAUCAGGAACGCGAGCUUCUUGCGCGUGGUGCGGUGUUCGAGCCGGCAACGGUGCACGAAGGGAAAGGGAACAUAUGCGCAAAUCUGCGCUUUUACGCCUUUGGGGACGUGCAGGAGCAUCUCCUGCCAGAGCAUGUCCCUGUGUCCCUUGUGCUCCCUGUGGAACUCGGUCGCUCGAUGCUUCCCACUCUGAGCUGCAUACAUCACCACGUCGGUUACGCUUAGAUACAUCUCGAGACCGUAACUCAGACUCGUCAGGAUCACCAGCCCGAGCUGCUUCAUCUUGCACAGAUCCAAUACCAGAUGUAUCACUACCUAGAGAGAUGUCGCCAAGACGGAUGCCAGAGACGAGAAUCGUUCGUACCCCAGUGGAUAGUCCAAUACUCCAUGUAGACGAUCGAUCUUUUACAGACUCCUCAGAUGCUUUCACAACAUCGAUGCCCACUAUGAAAGAAGUCGGAUACAGAGGUUCAGAAUCAUACGCCCAGAUUUCUACAAGCGACUACAUUGAUGGUCGAGUAAGUGAAAGAUCUGUUAGCGCUGAGAAUGAGGAAAGUAAUAUGGUACCAUAUAAUAAACCACUGACGAUAGACACACCUUACGAUAUUUUAGAAAUUGUUGUAUCGGAAACAUUGGAUAUCAGACCACCUCCGGCUAUUAAAAGUGUGUCGCCUGAAAAAUCACCUCCACAGAUAGUCCGAAAUCAGGUGGUUAAUCCACAGUUGUUUAAUCACAAGAAGCCCCCGCCACCUAAUAUAGAUUUAGAUCAGUAUGUUUCAAAUAUAUUGGUAGAGAGUCUCAAUUCAUUGACAGAUCAACUAGAGUCAAUGAAUGCCUCGAUUGGCAAUGAUAGAAAAAUGAGUAUAGUUGAAAAAGAAAUAAAGGUAAAGCUUCAAAACACAGGUGUUAACACUAUUGUACAUUUGAGUCCAACGUCAAAUAAUCAAAUCAUUUUUGGUAACGAGGAACUUUAUGAGAGUGAUAACAGACGUGAUGAUUGUAACAAUCCACGUGAAAUCUGUAGCAGCAAUAUUCGUGAAAGUGCAAUAAGCAUAGAAACAAAUAAUAACUUUACAUCUGCGGAGAGCUUACGAAUCGACGACACAAUACAUAUUAACGAUCAACCUAAAGCAGAACCGUUCUUAAAUAUUCCAAGUGAAACAGUGAAUAAAGCGGUCUUACAACAAAUACAAAAACUCUUUCAGGAAGAACUUCAGAGUAUGGAACCAGAUAUAAACUCGCCAGACGGACCUAUGCCGAGCAUCUCGCAUAUUGAAAUCUCAAAUGUAGAUGUAUUCAUAGACAACAACGGAGGUUCUUUCUUGAACAAUGAUGCCAUUGAAGUGCAAACACAAAGAAAUUCUUCUGAAUAUGAAGUAUUAGGUGGUGUUGGUGCAGGAAAUUAUUACGAAGAAAAUGAUGACAAUGCAAUUGUUCCACGGUUUUCCGCUUUUCCACACACAGAAUCAAUGGAGGUAAACACUUCGUCAUCAGAUGAUGCUGAAAUUCUCGGUUCGGAUUGCACAAGUCUUGUAGAUAGCUUGGAUGAUCCAAACUCACCACGAUCAAUUUUCCUUCGAAGGUCUAAUAGUAAUAUGAAAAGAAGUGAGCUAGUGCGUUCGGCUAUAGAUGUUUUAGAUUUACUACCAGAAAAUGCCGAUAAAAACGAAAGUUUAUCCCCAAAAGAGAAAGGUGAAGCAUUCUUUAUAAGAAUAAAAGAUGAUGAUUGUGAUUGUGAAAAAGAAAAUAUUACCGUAGCUGAUCAUAUGCCAGAAACCAUAAAACAAAGGUUAUUCAAAAGACAUAGGAAAAGAGAAAUGCGUAUGGAAUGUGCGAGACGAAGUAAAGUAAAACAACUCAAAAGGGAACUUGAAAACGAAAAUCUCAAAAAUCAAAAGGAAGUGUACAAAUCUAAGAAAGAAAUGGAAAAAGAAUGCAUGCUCAUAAUAAAUGCACUUAUUGACGAUGUUAUUUCAAAAAUUGCGCAAGAUGAGUAUAAAUGUAUGCGUAUAAGUCAAAGGUCAAAUAAAUUAGGUGCCGCUAAAUCAGAUGAAAAUCUAUUAAGAAAACAUUGGAAGAAAGACAGUGAAAAUAACAACAGCAGGAACGCUCGCAAAUUGUCCAAAAAUAUAGUUUCCCAUUCAUGUUCAGAUAACCUUGAUAAGGCACAUCGUAAAGGAGAACGUCUUAUUCGAGGGAAACUUUCCCUUCAAUCCCAUCAGACUUCAAAUUCAUCGACUGAUGAGAGCCCUCCGAAAAGAAUCUAUCAGAAAUCUGAGAUACGUGAUGGGAAUAAAUGUAUAGAAAUUCUCGAAAUACUUGAAUAUGUGAACAGCCCGCAAAAUUCUGACACAACUAACUCAGAUGAAAACCAUAAUUUGAGCUCAAGGAAUAAAAAGUCGAGAAUUCCCGUUCCUGUUAGCGAAAAAGUUCAAAGGACACAUAAAGGCAGUCCCCAGAAAAGCCAAAGGAGUAAUGGUAGCAGAAUAACUCCACCGAUCCUCUCACGAGAGAGAAACGGUAAGCCGAGUCACCUGCUAGCCAAUAUGUUACUGGAUGUGCUCGAAGACGAUGAUAUCGCCUAUGACAUGCCAGUCCGUCGCGCUUCCGUGCCUUCUGAAACACGUGCCAGAUCGAACUCUUUACGUUUCAAAAACGUAUUCGAUAUCAUACCAGAAGAAAGGAGUAGUCUAAGUAUAGAAUCGACUGAUGACUCAUAUAACCGUAGGGCAUCGGCGCCAAGUUUGAGCGAAGGAUUACAUUCCACUGAUCAGGAAGAAAGGAGAAUUCGAUCGCCUGAGACUCAAUACCGGUCGAAGGAGUCGCGAGUUCCUGAUGUGAGGAAUACUGGGACAUCUCCAAUGGCCGAUCCUUAUCGAUCGCAAGUUAGUGUAGGUGCAAUGACGUCUCCGAUUCGCAAAUCUGCAGGGACCAGCCCAAUUCGGAUAGCCAGUACGGAGACGAAGGAAAAGGUUCAUUAUCAGUCGCCCUUAAGCCAGCAGCAGCAAAAAGCCAAGCGAGUGACUCCUCAGAGGCGGGAGGAAGAAGGUAUCCCGCGCACUCUCGCACCGCUGCUAUCUCACCGCACAGCUUCCACCAUAUUUGUAGAAUACAUUUCGAGAGGCACGAGCAAGCACCAAUCUUAUACAAAGAUUCGUGGUGCAAUCUUUUAUUGUAUGUCCAAAGGUUCAACAAGACGUGCAUCUAUAUCGUCACAACAUGAACCUACAAGACGAUUGCGUGGUGGUUAUAGCGAAACUGAAUCAAAUACUCUCUUUACACUCAAACGUGGAAAGAAAGAUGGACUACUGGGGUCCAAAUUAGUGGGCGAGAGACGUUCUUCGGAGGAAGUGUCCUCUAUCGGGGAUGUAGAUCGGAGGAAGGAGAGGUCGAGAGUUAAAGAUGUGCUGGGUGGAAGACGGGGCAAAACGGAAGUUAAGGUCGAGUCACACAAGAAGGAGCGAGUGCAGAAAGCCGCAUAUGGACGGAGCGAGGAGGAUGGAGCGGAAGAGAUGUGGAGCUCGAGCGAGUCGAGUGGCAGCUUGCUGUGCUCUCUGGCGCCCGCGUGGCUCACCGCGCGGCGCAGACGACGACGCGCCGCAGCCCCAGGGGAAUGGGCGGUGACGGUAGCGGGUUCGUGCCCGGCGGCGCUGCCCAACGACGUGGAGAUGCGACUGCGCUUCCCCGACCCGUGUCGCAGGACUGCGGCGCCCGCGUCUACCCCGCAGGCCAAGCCUCCUCCGCCGCCCGCUUGCCCCCGCGCCGUGGAAUGCGGCGCGCAAUGCACGCAGAGCGGGCACACGCGACGCGUCCUGGACGACACGAGCAGGCUCACUCUCACCGUGAAGAAAGAGGCUUCAGACUCUUCAAUCGUAGCGUCGAAGAGUGUCAAGAAGUCAUCGGAUCUCCUGCCUGACCUGCACACCUACCGCGCCUCUCGGAGCAAAACGCGAAGCUCUGUCAAGACGCGGCGGGGGUACUCCCUGCACUGCUGGCUUCCAGAAGAAGAGCCUACGCCGAUAAGGGCACGUAACGGCCUGGCUGUGGAAGGAAGCGCUAUCGUGCCCCAUCGCAAACCGCGAGUGCCUUCAAUGAGUGAACGAGACCUCACGCGUGGACCUCUUUCCCGACAUCUACGACAUCUCUUCUAGAUCAGACCAUAUCUCCCAUUCUGGGGUUGCCUAUGCUACCCUGGGAAUUGAUAUUCCUCAUAUUCCAUUAUUCCCUUCCUAUUCCCGUAUUUUGAAAUUCUUGUGAUUUGUAAUUUGGUUGAAUAGAGGCUUGUACUUGACUUCAAUCUUGACAAGUUGAUGAUGUAGCCUAAGGUGGAGCAAGCCUACCUAGAAGCUGCCUAUUCAAGCUUCUUUUGAAGGUUUAUUUGGCCAAUAUUUAGCGUGAAAAAUAGAAAAUGCGUAUUAGAAGUGAGGAAGCAAAUCACAUUGUACGAAUCCGUACCUAGCAGGAAAUUUCUGAAAUUUCAAUGGAUUAUUCUAAUUCUUCGUUUCAUAAAGGGAGUUCUGUAUUUCACAUGUGGAACUUACUACUAAGGAAAUAUCACGGAACAGAGAUCUCUUGUCCAAUUGGUUAAUUCUGUUGUACAUAAUCUCUAAACAAGAAUAUAUUGACAAGUUUAAAUCAUUGCUAUUAUUUUCCGCACGGGCAUUAAGAAAGGGAUAGCUGAACUGUCAUUGUAGUUUAGAGUUUGUGUGUACACAGAAUCAGCCAUAAUAUCAUACCUGCGACUUUCUUAUCUAUCCUUCCUAACUAUGAUGCCAUCCAUCAGGUCAUUGAUUGUGGUCAAGUUGGAAAAUUAAGUAGUAACUUAAGUACUAGUAGAUAUAAAAAUAGUAGAGUAUAUAGGUAAGUACAGUUUAAUACAGUACUGCCACUUUUAUAAGUAACAUCGAUGUACCUGCGCAGAAAUCUAUUUGAAUGGCGCGAAAUUAUCUGAGCCAAUUGGUUGUUACCUAUCCGCCAUGAUUUGUAUGCACGAAUUAUGAGCGAGAUAGCAAGAGUCUGUCGUUCUUGUGUUUGAAAUCUUAACGUCAAGUAAUAAGGUCCGUAUUUCAUUGGUCGUUUGAGUUGGUGUUACGUUCCCGUUUUCUGGGCAAAUUAAUUUUACCCAUGCGACAUAUAAAAGCAGUAGUACUGUUAACGUGUAUUGUUAAAAUUUGUAAGGAAAGUAGUGAUUUC